AUGGCAACGCCUACCACUCGAAACACCCUCGCGAAUUCAUAUAACUUUGACCUAAGUAUAAGGCCCUCGCCAGUAUCGACUGCCGUAUCGCCAGUGACAACCACCAGACCUGCUUCAGUACGAGCCAAACGGCCAUUGCCUUACGAUCUCAGUCUGCCGAUCGGCGUCCGCUCCAUCCUGAAAAACUCUUCGAUCUCGUCAGAUGUUAGGAGAGCCUCUCUGAGUGCCAGCCCCCUCAGCACCACCGUCGGCCGCAAGGUUUUCUUCCCAGAGCCUAAACGCGUCAAGUUUGGUGGCGAGGAAGAAGUUGUCACGAGAACGUACGUGGCGAGGCACGUUGAUCUGAGCUCUUCGGAAGAUGAGAGUUCUGUAAGCGGGUCCGAAAGUGGUGCGGCUGUCACAGCUCCAUCGGACGAGUCUAGGCCCCGGUUCUCGACCAGAAGCGGCGAGGCUGUUAUCGUUGACGAACUACAGCGUGGACAAGCUACAAGACGGAGUAAGGCUCGGCCGAGCACUAGGAAGCGGAGAAGAUGGGAAUGGACGCUCGACACAGGGAGCGACACGAAGCACGAAGCCACCGCCGCUGAAGACGAGCAGCAGCUUUCGUCGAGCGACACUUCAACCACCUCGACACCUUCGGUGAGCACGCCAGCUCUUGUUGUCACAGACACAAAGGAGCCGCACGUCGAGGUCAACGAGAUCAAUCUGACACCUACGUUACCCGAAGUCGAGGCGACUCCGGAGGAGCCAGUCCCGCAUGUACAACAACCUAGUCCUUGA